GUUUACUGGUUCAUCUCUACUAAGUUCAUACGACAAACAAAGAUGUCAGACCCAGGAGCAGACACAAAACGCCGUUCGGCACGCACAUCAUACGCAUGUACUUCGUGCCACAGACGAAAGCGCAAGUGCGAUGGCCAAUCUCCAUGCUCAGUUUGUAAGAGUAGGAAACUACCAUGUCAGUACAACUCGGAGAUGGAUCAGCGUAGGCGAGCGAAUAUGUGACAAAGCUUUAACACUUACUCACGACUAAGGAGGCUGGCCAAAUCGCUGAAGAGACGUCGAGAUCGCGGUCAUGAUAUCGAAGAUGCAGCAUCCAUGGUAACAAAAUCAGCGCGCCCAGGAAGCUCGGUUUUGUCGACGACCCCGCAAUGGUCCAGAGUUAUCCCAGGCAGUCUGAGUUUUGGCCUCGCGAUUGGCGAACACGGUGAAUUGGAGUAUAGAGGCCCAACAAGCUCAGCUGUAGGCGCUAGGCUGCCUGCAGCGCCACAACGACCGAUCAACAUCGCGGAAAUGCCGGCUGCACUACGUGCGCUUCCAGAUGCGGAGGAGAUGUGCCAUCAUCUUGACCUGUUCAUGGAAUGGCAAAAUUCGUGCGUCUUAAUUCUGCCAGGAUGCAGCAUAAAUUCGUUCAUGAACGCCUACCCUCCCAGUGCAGAGGACGUUGCUAGAAGAGUAGUACUUUGGUCCAUACUCUCUCUGACUUACAACAUGCAUGGUAUUGGCCGUUUGAAUUACGAGGAUCGGGUUGACCGCAGCGAUUCAGCGCAUGCGCAGGCUACUCAACUCGUUAUGGACUUGGCUUUACGAAAGCCCUCUGUCGAGACAGUGCAAUCUGCUUGUCUUCUGGCCUGUCGUGAGUAUAGCUGUGGGCACGAGAACAGCGCGUGGGUUUUUCACGGCAUUGCAACGACAGUAGGCGGCUCUAUAGGCCUUCAUGCUGGUCGUGACUACAAUAGGUGGGUCGCAUCAGGCCAUCUAUCACCGCGUCGUGUCGAAACUCGGGUAGUAACUUAUUGGGCCCUUGUCCUUGUGGAUAGAAUGCUCGGCUCAUGCUUAGGUCGGAAUUGUCUUCUGCAUCCCACAGAUUUCAGUACAGCCGAGAUCAAAUUACGUGUUCUGGCGAUAUCGACGAACAAACAAGAUACCACGCUGGUAGAGGGAUCUCCAACCUAUACCAACAGCGUGCUCAACGCGUUCCGCUGUGCUGUAGAUCUCUGGAAAUUGACAGACGAAAUACUCUCCCAGAUAUACAUAUGGCAGCACGACCUUAUCCGACUUCGACGAGAUACUCGGCGCCUCGGUGUAAUCCUCAACAAGCUCUCAGACGUUGUGAAGAACGCUCAUGCGAAGUAUCGUGCUUGGAAAUGCUCGCUCCCUUUGGAACUGAGCUUUACACGAAGUGGGCCGUUGCCGCACCUGCUCUUGCUACACAUGGCGUACCACAGUCAUCAGAUACUAGUCCAUCGACCCUUCCUCUUUCUUCUACAUCUGUCAGACAAUAGAGACGGCCUUCCACCCAGAAGCCAGGAUAUUGCCGUCUCUGCACCACUCAUCUGCAGAGAGAGUGCCUUCGAGAUCAUGAAUCUGUGCAAGACUUAUAGACAGCACUACACAUCGCAGUGCAUUGUCUUCAUUGUCGUACAUUUUCUUUUAAACGCUUGCACGAUACAUAUCAUUGACCGCGAUGAUGCACAAUCAGAGACUUCGCGAGAAGCAAACGUGGCGCUAAACGAUUGUUUAGCCAUUCUGGAGGAAGUGGCCACUGUAUGGGGGAUAGCGGGCAAUACCAUCGCAUUGGUGAACGAGUUGAAGAAUACUCACGAUAAUCGAGAGGGGGACAAUUCGGCGAAACUGAGUGUGAAUACCACGGCAACUGAACUUGAAAAUGCAGAAACGGGUGCUAAAACGUACGGUCAAGCCGUGUUCGAUGGUUGGGACUUGUUUCCACAUCCUCAGGAUGUUUGGAGUAUAGCGCUUCUGGAGCCUUAUGUAACGCAAAUGGAUGUACUGUAGGGCUUUCUCGCAUGAAGCUCAAGUCGGGCAUUAAUGGAUAAUCAAACAUAUGAAUCGCCACAGACCAGCGCACCAGGG